CAUCCUGCGUUGCUAAGCGACAGAGACUCACAUGCCAACAAAUCGCCUACAUUAAAUAGAUGAGCUUACAUUUUCCGUUUCAAAACUGUUUAUUUUAUUUAUGCUAGAACUAACAGAAAAUGCUAGAAACUGAAGUUUUGACGGCUGGACCGUCUGUUGAGGCCGAAAACCCUGAGGACAGAAUCGAGGCUCGCCGAAAGCGUGUUGCUGCACGAGUCCAGGCCAAGAAACGACAAGAGGUUGGAGAUGGUGCCCAGAAGAAGGUAGAAACUAAAGAGGAAGCUCGGCCAAGUCAGAGACAGAUAGAACAAAGUGAAAGACACAUGACUAAAUUGAAAGCUGAUGGCACUGAGCUAGUGACCAACAUUUUGGUGGCAGCAGAUGCCAGAGAGUUAAAGAGGAGAGAAGAACUAAGGGAGGCAAACAGACUAAGAUUGGAGAAGCUGGAAAAUGAGGUCAAGUCCAGCACAGAGAAGUUCAAUAAGAUCAUGAACAAGUGGACUGAGGCCAAGACAAAAAAGAUCCAUCAGCAGCUGAGAGACGAUCUGAGACAACAGCAACAGCUCUGUUGGCAAAUCAUUGAAGACAAGAACAAGCUCAUCAGUGAACUGCAGCAGGAGCUGAAAGGAAGAGAUGAUCGUUUUGUGAAAGAUCGUAAAAGGGAGGCAGAAGAAGUGGAUCUCCUUAUUGAAAGGAUGCAGGAACAGAUAUCCAGUCUGAAGAAAGACUAUAGAAAAGAGCUGGACUUAAUUGAGCGCUCGUUCAAUGACGAGUGGACGGAUUUGCUCACAAACAGCAAGAAGGAAUGGGAGCAGCAGAGAAAGGAACGAAGCGACAAAGAGGUGGAGUUCUUGCUGCAGAGAAUGAAGAUAUUGGAGGAUCACGAGUCCCUGCUGGAUCGCCUGAGAUUACAGAGCGCCGAGGAGUACAACAAGAUCAAAAUCAAACUAGAGUCUGAUGUACAGCGCCUAGAGCAAGACCUGCAAGAAAGGAAGGCUACCUACCAGCUUAAUCAGGAGAAGCUUGAGUACAAUGUACAAAUGCUGAAGAAAUAUGAGGAAGAGUAUGCUGUUAGUAAGGCUCAGCAGAUAAGGAAGAUCACCAGACUGCAUGAUAUGCGCAACAAUCUGAAGAAAAAAUGUGCUGAGCAGGAAAAGCAGUCCCGUGAGGAGAUCCAGUCAGUGACGAAUAAGUAUAACCGCCUUGUGCAGCAGUACAAGGAUAUUCACAAGAGGAAAAGGCAUUUUGAGGCAGUUGAUGCCAAACGUUAUGAGGAGGUUUGGCUGAUGAAAGAAGAUGAGGCCAAAGCGUUAGCAUGCAGAGCUGUAGACUUGGACAGAGUUAUUCAUGAACAGGUGCUGGGCUUGACCUGGAGUCCUCCAACACUGCCGUUCAUGGACCAUUCCAGCCCCAAGCAGCCCCAGCAAACAGCGCAGCAAGUGGUCACACAAGUUCUGGGAGAGGAAGACGAGACACAAAAUCAGACAGAGCGAGAAACAGAGGAAGAGAAAAGUAGACUUGAGGAGUCUGGCAGUCUGGAGAGCAGCAUGACCGGGGUGGAUCGUAAAACAGUAAAGAGAGUGCUGGAGCUUCUGUGUGAUGAGAUGGGCUUUCUAAUAGAGAGUAAGUUACAUGAGCUACUCUCAUCCAUGGAGAAGAAUGAACAGACUGCUUUGAAGCUGGAUUGCAUCUUUUCUGUCAUGGGGAUUGAAAAUGAAGAGGAUAUAAACAAAAUGACCAAGUUCUUUUUGAAAUAUAAACUGCCCCAAACUAAGGUAGAGAAUGUAUCAGUGAAUAACCAGGCAGAGAAUGAGUCCUGUCUUAUCCACCCAAAUGACCUACUGAGAGCUCUCCGAGCCUUCACUGCCCGAGAAAUGCCUCAAGACAGAGGAAGUGCUGUAAUGCUGGAGAGAAUGAAUGACUCUGAGGUUAAAGCAUACUGGGAGAACAUAACUAACGUCAUCCCUGAGUCCAAACUCAAAGUCUGGAGAGCGUUGGAGGCAGGUCUCAAGAUGUACCAUACUGAGCUGACUAAGAGAUCCAAGCUUCUGACUGAAACCCAGCAACUCAAACAACAAAACUCAGAGCUCCGCAUGCUGCUGCACAAAUACCAGAACUCAAAGGUCAAUGCUGAGCUGAUGAUCCCACCCAUGCAGAUGAGGCAAUGAGACGAAAUCAUCAGAGCAGAUGUAAUCAAAUGAACUUUUUACAUUACAAAUUCAGUUCAAUAAUAUAUAUAAAUUUACUUUAGAUUUUUCCAAACAUGAAAGCUGGUCAACAAAUGAUCGUCAGUUUACCUCAACUAACAUAACCACCUGCAAAUAAACACACUCCAUCACUAACCUCACUGACAACAAAUGUUUUGAUUUGAGUAUUGGAGCUAUCAGAAAUCUUUCGGGUGUUGAUGGCUCUCCUUUUUUUUCUGGACCUAUUUUACCUUUAAACUCCACUCUCAUACCAUUGUACUCCAACUCUGUUCCUCAGUGUUAUUUUUCUCCUUUAUUGUUCCUAUUUUAAUGAACUAUUUGCUCAAUUAGUCCUUUCAUUGUUUGUCUAUUUGUUUCCGUUUUAAUAAAACUCUCUUCUCAGUUGUAUAAUUGAAGUAGUGUUAUGUUUUCAGUUUCCCAAAACAUUAUAGCAAUUUUGUUAACCAUUGUGUAUUCUGAUCAUGUCUUACCUAAAUGCCUAUCACAAUGUCUUAUGACUUACUGCAUAUUAUACAGAUGGAUAUUCUGUUGUGUUUGGUCUCCACUGUUCCUUUCAGAGACAGGGUAGCAUUUGGAACUAAUUAAAAUUAAUCAUUAAUAAAUCAACAAAAAAACAAUUAAAAUGAUCAGAUAAAAAAAGUAUAAUUGUGCACAGUAAAAUUGACUCAUCACUGGUCAUUACUGGUCAGGUCAUCAUCUGACCAGUAAACUGCUUCAAGAUCUAAAAUGAAUACUUCUGCUAGGAUGUUCUAU